ACAGAAAAGCCAAUCUUCACCACGGGAGUUAAAUCAUGCUUAUUGUUUUGCGCUACAAACAACUCUUCAGGAACUGCGUCCCUAAUCCAUGUGCGUAGUACGAUUUUAGAAAAAGUGCGGUAAGUGCACUAUUGAAAGUUUUAAUCAUUUAAACUGAGAUGGAUUUAACGAAUGGGGAUUCACAUGGAGACGUCCAGAUCAGCCGAUCAACUGUUGAAGGCUGUUCGAGUGGAGAGUCUUCGUUUUCACUCGAGCUCAGUCCAAGGAAAAGACUAUCAGUGGAGGAGGAAAGGUGCGCCAGUAGACCACCACCUGAAGGCGCAGGAGCGGUGAGCGUCUCAGAAUCGGACAGGGAAGAGACGAAGGCAGAUCUGUGCAAGCAAUGUCAAAUGACUAUAGCUGAACUAAGGAGACAAGCCCUUGCUCUUGCCGACCCCUCUUCCUUAAAGGACCCUGGAUUUGCUUCCUUCAUCAUUGACCAGCUAAAGGUUCCAGUAAAAAGUGGGCAUGAAGACACAAGGUGCCAGGUGUGCACCACACCUGCACAAUUGCUAAGACAGCAGGCACUCAAAACCCUCAAAGAACUGUUCUCGGGUUCUGACAUGCCAUCACUCCCUCCCAGCACCUACCCUGGGCAUCCAACCAGGUUGACCACUCACAGUGUGGUCACCGUUUCCUCUAGAACUGCCAAAUCCAGGAUACCUCAUCCAGCGCACAGUAUUCUGCCUGUGGGGGAUAGACGCCGUGAGAUUGGCUGGACUCAGAACCCGACCUCCAGUGUUGCAGCUCUCAAACCGGGCGUGCAGGUUACCGUGGGUGGAAGACCUUUGACGGGGUCCAUCAGCUCAGUCACCAUUCAGGCUCAACAAUACCUGGAGGGGAUGUGGAGCAUCUCGCGUGUGAACAACUUCCUCCCUCAGCCAAGCCCGACACAAAGCCUCGUGGAUCAUGCAGAACAGAGCGAGUGGUCCACAGACACCUCAGUAUCUAGAGUGUCUCCAACUCCAUCCAGUCCUGCUCAAUUUGGGCAGGACGUGCCCCCCUCGUCCCACCAGCCCAGCUCAGCUGCAGCAUCCUUCUUCAUCAAGGCUGCUCAGAAGCUGAAUCUGUCGUCCAAAAGGAAGAAGCAGCAGCCGCCUCUAGUAUACCCCCAGGAGCCCUCCAUCUACCCAACUAACUUUAGUGCUGUUCUCCAGUUCUCUCCUCCACCUGCUCCACCAUGUUUGCUCAGGGCGGGGUCAAAAGCCAAGGAGAACCCUGGCAUGGGCAAGGUCAAAGUUAUGAUGCGAAUCUGUCCAACUCUGGGAGUUCUGGAUUCGUCUGAGUCCAUGUCUUUCCUGAAGGUGGACACCCGAAAGAAACAGUUGACCCUCCAUGAUCCCUCACUCAACACACAGCCCAUCUCAACGCACAGACGUGCAGCACUACCCGCCCCAAAGAUGUUUGCCUUCGAUGCUGUUUUUCCCCAAGAUGCCUCUCAAGCUGAAGUUUGCUCAGGGACAGUGGCUGAAGUUAUUCAGUCAGUGGUCAACGGAGCUGAUGGGUGCAUUUUCUGCUUUGGUCAUGUCAAAGUUGGCAAGACAUACACCAUGAUUGGCACAGACAGCUCCACGCAGAGCAUUGGCAUUGCGCCCUGUGCCAUUUCCUGGCUUUUCAAGCUCAUCAACGAGCGCAAGGAGAAGACUGGCACACGCUUUUCGGUACGGGUGUCAGCCGUGGAAAUCUAUGGCAAGGACGAGAGCUUGCAGGACCUGCUGUCUGACGUCCAAACAGGAAGUAUGCAGGACGGACAGUCGCCUGGUGUCUACCUGCGUGAGGACCCCAUCUGUGGAACACAGCUUCAGAACCAGAGCGAGCUACGGGCUCCCACUGCUGAGAAUGCUGCCCUGUUUCUUGACGCGGCCAUCGCGGCACGUAGCACCAACCGACCAGAUGCAGACGAAGACGACCGCCGCAAUUCUCACAUGCUCUUUACCUUACAUGUCUACCAGUACCGCAUGGAGAAGAGCGGCAAGGGUGGAAUGUCUGGUGGUAGGAGCAGGUUGCAUCUCGUUGACCUGGGAAGCUGUGAGAAGGUGCUGAGUAAAAGCAGGGACGGAGGAGGCGGUCUGUGUCUGUCUCUCACAGCGUUGGGCAACGUCAUACUGGCAUUGGCCAAUGGAGCCAAACAUGUUCCAUAUAGGGAUAGCAAGCUUACAAUGUUACUGCGGGACUCCCUGGGGAACAUCAACUGUAGGACAACCAUGAUUGCCCACAUCUCUGACUCCCCUGUCAAUUAUGCAGAAUCUCUCACCACUAUUCAGUUGGCCUCUCGAAUCCAUCGCAUGAGGAAAAAGAAAUCGAAGUAUGCAUCCAGUUCUUCUGGAGGGGAAAGUUCCUGUGACGAGGGAAGGAUCCGUCGACCACCACACUUGCGUCCUUUUCAUCCCCGAACUGUGGCCCUUGACCCAGAUCUACCAUCAUUUCUCAGCGAUCCUGACUAUUCUUCAAGCAGCGAGCAAUCAUGUGAUACUGUCAUUUACGUUGGCCCCAGUGGAGCUUCCAUUUCUGAUCGAGAACUUAGCGACAAUGAAGGUCCUCCGGCCUUUGUUCCUAUCAUACCUUCUCUGAACCGUAAGCAACGAGGUAAAGAAGGACCAGUUGACCAUGAUCACUUCAAAUGCAACACCUUUGCUGAGCUUCAGGAGCGAUUGGAAUGUAUCGAUGGGAGUGAGGAACCUACAGCUUUUGUUGGAGAGUCUGGAGGAAAUUCUGCAAGCCCUAAAAUGGAGCGUGAUGCAGCCAAAUUAAAAGAAGAAUCUAGUUCUGUUCCAGUUUCAACAACACAGGACAGCUUUUCCAAGACGGCAAUUUCUGUAGAAAGUAAACUGCCAAGCAGCCCAAAACACAAGUCUAAUGUCGAACAUUCCAAGUGGCAAAGUCCUACCACAUCAGACAAAGAUCUGAGAGACAUGUCUGAGAUUUUAUGUAGGACAAGUGCAGAUGGUGAAAAACUGCAAAUGUCAGACAAUAUAGCUCUAUGCACUCCUGGAAAACAAAGUAAAUGUAUAGCAUCCCAUAAUUCAGAGCCUGUGGUUAGGGAAAAAGUAUUUUAUAAUAAAAAACAGUUACCCAAGCCUGCUCCCCCACCACCACAACAAAGAGACUUUGCCAGGAUCAGUAGUGAAACAGAAGAAAAGUCUGCCACAAGGAUACCACCAAUUGGAAUGAGCCAUUCAAAAAGAAGUGAUUCAGAUGGGAACUCGUCUCUCAGGGUCCAUCAUCUUAUCCCAAGGACUCCAGUGUCGAACCUUAGGGAAAAAUGUAUGGACAAAGACAUAUUGAGAACAACUGUGACCCUCCAGCAGCCAGUGGAAUUAAAUGGCGAGGAUGAACUUGUAUUCACUCUUGUGGAAGAGUUGUCUAUUGGCAAUAUUUUGGACAAUGGAAGGCCCACCAGUAUUGUGAGUUUCAACAGUGACUGUUCUUUACAAGCGCUUGCUUCAGGCUCACGACCUGUUAGUAUCAUUAGCAGUAUCAAUGAUGAAUUUGAUGCCUAUACAUGCAAUGUUAGUACCUCAGAUGCAAACCUUAAAAUGGUGGCCCCAACGCAGGAGAAAGAGUUUGCUUCAUUGGGAAGCUGUGGUUCUUCUAUCACCUCAUGGCUCAGUGAAGUAAGUGUAUGCACCCUGGAGAGUGAAGGUGCCCAGUCAACAGAUGUUUUCUUUCCUGAAGGUGCUCAUAGUGGCCCAGACAAUAGUCUCUACCUUGAAUCUCUAAUAAUGUUCCAAAGUAGCCCUCACAAGGAGCCCAAGAACUCUUUAAAUGAUAGUGGCUGUAGCUUCUCAGAGUUAGACAGCGACAGUGCUACAUCAAGCAAACUCUCCGUUAGCAAGUCCCCGUCCUCUCCAGAGGCCACAAAAGUACCUGCCAGAAGUUUGCCAAAAUUGACAAAGGCAAAUACCAACCAUUUUUCAAGUCCCCAUUCCUUGCAAGAAUCUCAAGGUGUCCAAUGUAGUCUUUCCAGGAAAUUAAAACCUACCUCAUCCAUAAACCAGAGUAGCAGCAUUAGUGGAAACAGCCUCUGUAGCAAUUGGAGACGUGAGCCACCAAGGCAAGAUUGCCUACCAGAUAAUCCAUGGCACCGUAAUGAUAGCUCAUUGGAGACUUCUUUAACCUCUAAUUCAGGUUCUAAACUGGUUAGAAAUGGAAUGAGUGGUAUUCCUACAAGAAAAUCAAGCACAAACAGCAGUAGUGUACCUAGAAUGCCCAAGGCACUGGGGUCAAAUCAAUCCCAAAGGGUGGUGGACGGAUGUGAAAAAUCCAGUAACAGCAGGAAGAUUGAGUACCCUAGCAAGAUGCCACAGCUCAGACGAGGUGCAACAACACUUGGGACUGUUCCAGUCAUUCAUACAUCCAUUGAUGUCAAAAUUGCUCAAGAUAUUGGUUCAUCAGGAGGCGGUUUGAAGUUCUCUUCUUUAGGGAAAAAUGGAAGGACAAGCAAGCAGGAGGAGACUACGACAAAACCUGGCAGUGCAUCACCACCUCCCCCUCCAGUUCGCAAAUCCAGUUUGGAUCAAAAGAAUCGAAGCCUCUUUCCCUCAAGUGCCUUGAAGUCCGCGUAUGAUGCAGGAAAGUCUUUAGCACCAAGGGCUACAGGUUCAGAGGAUGAAAUCGAUGUUUUAUGUAAGGGUGACUCAAACAGUUUAAGAACAUCUAAUUUAAAGUCAGACCAUAAUUUGAUAAAAGCAUCCACUAGUCUCAAGGCUAGAGGAGCUAGAGGUGAUACAGGACAACUUUACGGAAGCCAGAUAUCUCUAGACAGAUGUGACAGUUUUUCAUCUUUGGGGUCUAGACCUGCUCUUAGUCGAGAGAACAGUGGAGCUAGUCUUAACAGCAAGUCAAACAAAUCUGCCAGUAGGUUUGGAUCACCUGUUACAACAUCUUCUCCAAUUGCUACCUCUCCACCUCCUUGUAUAAAUCCUGUAUCCAGCGUAAAAAGUGGGCUUGUCAAAGGUAGCCUUAAUGCAAGACCAAUACCUGUUAAUGCGAACAAAGCUCGUACAUUAUCCGCUAGUAACUCCAAAGCCCUAAGCUCAUCCACUAAGUGUCUUGCUGCACCUGCAACAAGGAAUUCCAAUCUUCCACCUUCAGGAAAGACUGCAUUACCUCGAGCAGCAGUAGGAGGCAAUGGUAAAUCGACAAGAGGAACUAUAAUGGGUACCAAGCAAGCAAUGCGGGCAGCAAACAGUCGUGUUAGUGAGUUGGCAACAACCAAUCCUUCUGGGAAACACCCAAGAGGAUCAGGUGAUUCAGACAGUGGCAAUGACAGUGGAGUUAACCUUAAUGAUGAUAAGCCUACCCCUAUCCCCAUUCUUCCAUCUCCUUAUAGUAAAAUUACAGCCCCAAGAAGACCCCAGCGAUACAGCAGUGGGCAUGGAAGUGAUAAUAGUAGUGUCUUAAGUGGAGAGUUGCCGCCUGCCAUGGGACGAACUGCACUGUUCUACCACAGUGGUGGAAGCAGUGGUUAUGAAAGCAUGAUCCGUGACAGUGAGGCCACUGGAAGUGCCUCUUCAGCUCAUGACUCCAUGAGUGAGAGUGGGAUGUCCUCCUCUGGUCGCACAAGGAGCUGCAAACCACCGAAGAAGAGGUCAAAUGGCCUCCAGAGGCGACGUCUCAUCCCAGCUCCCUUGCCAGACACCUCAUCCUUGGCGAAGGCUGGGACCACGGGCCAGUGGGUGGAUCUUCCUCCUAUGUCCGGACCACUGAAAGAGCCAUUUGAGAUCAAGGUGUAUGAGAUUGAUGAUGUGGAACGACUUCAGCGUCGAAGACUGGAAAAGACAGAUGAGCAGACAGUUCAGGAUGUUGAAAAGGGCUUGAUUUAUUUUAACACUAAAAUGAAGGUUCUUGAGAAACGACAGCAGCAGAUCAGAGAUCUAAAAAAUAAAUAUACGACUCUGAAAGAGGAGCUGGAGGACACAAAGUCAAGACUAAUGAUGGACCCCAGCAAGUGGAUUGGAGAGUUUGAGGUGGAUCAAGAUUUGGAGCAGGAGUCGCAGGAGUAUUUGGAGGCAUUGGAGCAGGUUACGGCCGAACUGGAAUACUGUGUCAACCUAUGCAAGUCACGCGUCAUGAUGGUGACCUGCUUCGAUAUCCGCGUAGCAUCUGAUGUGCAAGAAGGUCCGCGUGAGGUGGAGGUAUAAGAACAGGAUCUGGUGAUUGAUGGACAGCGAGAAAGAGAAGAAAUGGAUUAAGACAGGACCCUGGAUGUGUGAAAGGAAGGAUAUUGAAAUGUAGCAGCGUGACCGGCGAUUCCUACAAAACAAAAACGAAGCAAAAGAAGAUCGUAAUAAUGAGAUGGAUCACAGAGUUCUGCAUGAAGUAGGAACUUGUUACGUUCCGGAGACGAGAAACAGUUCUGGUUAUAUGCAGUGCCUCAUAAAAACAGUGUAGUAUAGACUUGCUUGAAUGCAAAGCGAACACGCUUUGAUGCAUUUCCUGACCUGGGAAAGAAUCAUUCUCAUUUACCGAAGAGUAAUUCAACCACACCACAAAGUGCCGUUUUCAUAUGACUGUUUUUAGGUUGUUUGUCAAUCAUUAUUUUUUCUACCGGUGCUAGUGCUAUGACCAGCAUAUCCUAACCAAACCAUAUAUUUUUAUUUUAUUGUAUUGUAUAGUGUAGUGUAUUUAUAUGAUCAUGCAGUGUGUAAAAUAUGAUUUUGGGUGCGAAAGGAGAGCAAUAAGCUGAUUUUCUGCCUCCUGCUCUAUCAUCUGUCUCCAUAUUGUUAUUAAACCUUAUAAGCCUUAUGUUCUAUUUCUAAUUACUGUCUGGGUGUUUUUUCUACUUUUUUUUAUAAACAGUCACUCAACAAUUGAACUCAACAUCAUACGUGAUGCAACCCAGCUUUCAUGAAAAUAAUGCCCAAUCUAAUUGGUUGCCUUGAAUGUUUUGAGCUGGACUGAAAAUGCGUAUUUAACCAGUGAUUUUCAGUGCUAUGAAAAUAAUACAACAUUUCAAAUUGGUACAGCAUUUGCCUACAAGGUGCUCAUCCACAAUGAAUGUAUAUUAAUGUAUUGACACAUUUUGACGAACACACAAAAAAUAUCAGGAAUGUUAAUUCUUACGCCUUGUAAUCGGUCCUAAUCAUAUGAACACAUGCGUGUUGUGUAUUGUGUAGUCAUUAUUAUGCCUGCAAUGGACGUGUCAUGGUGUAUUUCAUUAAAAUGCAGAUUGAGCUGUUGUUCCUGUUUACGUUUAAAUAGACACUUUGGCAAAGGGCAUUCAUCAGUGUAUCCUGACGUGCCUAGCUCAGCCUCUCUCUCUGGACAGAAUAUGUCAUGCAUUAAAGAGCUUUGUGCAUGAUUAAUGUGGGGUCAGGUGACAUUUGUGCGGUACAGAAAAGAGUCAGCCAGCCUCUUCAUACAGUCAAAGAGUGAUUUAAGAAUAACCUUAAAAAUUGUACAAAUUGUGACAACUUUAAUAUCAUAUUUGAUAUAAAGGUAGGCUAUAGUUUACCCAAAAAGGAAAAUGCUUUUUGUCAUUUUCCACCCUUAUACUGUUUCCAUUGUCAAAAAAACUUGCAUUUUUCAUGGAAAACAAAAGUGGAUGUUACUGCAGGUGAAAUUCAGCUCAACAUCUCCUUCUUUUGUGUUCUACAGAAGUCAGUCAUAAGGGUUUGGAACAAUAUGAGUGUGACGAAUUAUGAAUUUCUGGGUAAACUAUACCUUUAUAGACUAGGGUAAAAUUGAAUCCUAACAGACAGUACCCAAAAACCAUGAGAGGUUAUCAAUGACACACAACUUUUUUAAGGAGUACACUGUGUAUGUAGAUCUAAGCCUAAGUCCUAUGCAUCCAUGCAACUGUGAUGUAUACAACCUAAAAAAUGCACCAGGAAGUAUUUAGCAAAAAUGAUUGUCUCAUUGGUUAGCCUUCUUUACAGUUUUAGGAUUUUAUUAUUGGUGACUCAUUGUCCGGUUUAACUGCUGUACACCAGUUGCAUUUCUCUGAUGUCAAAAACGCCAGUACAGAACUUUUCAAACGUUUUAGAAAUGUCAUUUUUUUCAUAUGUAGCUGCCAAAACAACUUUCAUGCUCUGGUCUAUCAAAGACUGUGAAUUACCAUCUUGAUUUAACAUUGCUUUUGUAGAUCAAAUUAAAAAAACAAUCUUUGAUUUAUUUAUCUUUUUAAACACUCUCAGGCCCUUUCCAAAAUGCUGCAUGAGAUUUGUAUUGUUUUUCUAGCCUUCAUUUUUGAUAAUGCUGGCAUUCACUAUACUUUAUAUACAUGGAUUUAACUGAUGCCAAACCUUUUUUGAAUGAAAGCUGACAAUGUAUGGUGAGUCAUGUUUCAUAAUGGAAUAUUUUCUACCUUUUUUUGUUUUGUUUUGUAAAGAACUUCUGACUGUAUAAAUGUACAUUAUUAUGGCAGCUUG